GAGAGGCUUCAUUUCCAACCCAAAGAUCCAGCCUAACGCAUCCAGCGCGAAAGAGAAACCCCGACGUGUGUGUGCUUGUGUGUGUGUGCGUGCGCGCAGGUUCCCUUCGCCGUUUUGACGCGUGAAUCAAAGCCACCAGGACUAAAGGAGAUACCGGGCCCUGCACACUGGAACCUGAACGUUUCGUUUCUGUAAAAGAGACCCAGUUUGCCCGCUGGCAUGCUGUGAGAAUUACCUCUGGUCACUCCAGGCUUUGAAAAAAUACCGAUAAACUGAGCACAGGUCGUGUUUCUGAAACAAUCCUUCGGUCAUGCUUUGCACCUGCCAGACCUCCGCUGCAGGACGGGACUGUUAAAGAAAAGAAGGGCAACUUUGAGGGGGAAGAAGUUGCCAUUAGAUCGGUUGCUGAAGCGGGGGUGGAGGGGCAAACUUAGUCCCUCCAUCGAGUAGAAUCACCUUUUUUUCUUCUUCACAUUUUCAUUCUUGAUAGGAAGGCGAAACGGCGACUUCAGUUGAUUAUCUCUCUUUCCUUUGCUAUCCAAUGGAUAUUCACUGCAAAGCAGACCCCUUUACAGCGAUGCACCUUGUAUCCCACGUAGGGCACGGAGGUGUGAACCAGCUCGGCGGGGUGUUUGUGAACGGCAGACCCCUCCCGGACGUGGUGAGACAGCGGAUAGUGGAGCUGGCCCAUCAGGGCGUCCGGCCCUGCGACAUCUCCAGGCAGCUGCGGGUCAGCCACGGCUGCGUCAGCAAGAUCCUGGGCAGAUACUACGAGACUGGCAGCAUCAAACCAGGGGUAAUUGGUGGGUCUAAACCCAAAGUGGCCACGCCAAAGGUUGUGGAAAAAAUAGCAGACUACAAGAGACAAAACCCAACCAUGUUUGCCUGGGAGAUCAGAGACAGACUUCUGGCAGAGGGCAUCUGCGACAAUGACACUGUUCCCAGCGUCUCAUCCAUUAACAGGAUCAUCCGAACAAAAGUCCAGCAGCCUUUCCAUCCAUCUCCUGAUGGGACAUCUCUGUCGACACCAGGCCACACAAUUGUACCAAGCACAGCCUCUCCACCUGUAACUAGCGCCUCCAACGACCCUGCGGGAUCCUAUUCCAUCAAUGGAAUUCUGGGUAUUCCACGAUCCAAUGGUGAAAAGAGGAAAAGAGAUGAAGAUGGUUCAGAUGGUUCUGGCCCAAACAGUGAUUCUCAGGGUAGUGUGGAGAGUUUACGGAAACACCUGAGGGCAGAUGCCUUCACACAGCAGCAGCUGGAAGCGUUGGACCGGGUCUUUGAACGCCCCUCGUACCCUGACGUCUUCUCUACGACGGAACAUGUCAAACUAGAACAGGCUAAUGAGUACUCGCUUCCUGCCCUGAAUUCCAGCCUGGACGAAGGCAAACCCAGUUUAUCCUCUAGCGCCAACCCAGACCUGGGCCCCAGCGUGUCGCAAAGCUACCCUGUAGGUCGGGAUAUGGCCAACACAACCUUACCUGGGUAUCCCCCUCACGUUCCCCCUACAGGCCAGGGCAGCUACCCAACCUCCACGCUCGCUGGAAUGGUUCCUGGGAGUGAGUUUUCGGGGAACCCCUACAGUCAUCCACAGUACACAACCUACAAUGAAGCCUGGCGAUUCAGCAACCCAGCAUUACUAAGUUCCCCUUAUUAUUAUAGUGCCGCAUCGAGAGGCUCCGCCCCUCCCACUGCUGCCACUGCCUAUGACCGUCACUAGUUACCAUGGAAACCAAAUCAACCUGCAGGACCAUGGCCUCAGCCUCCAUAUUGCCCCGGUGUGAGCAGCAUGGUCCACUGGACACUGAGCAACUGCGCAUAAAAUAUUCCUGGCUCACACAAAAAGAAACUAAACGGUUUUUGGGAUUUGUGACAACUUCAGUCCUCUCUCAUCGCAGCUUUGUUGGACCAUCAAAGCCAAACUUAAUCUCCAAGACAUCAUCACGGACAGUGAAAGUUGCUACACACAUGAUGAAACUUGUGGCUAAAUGCAGUGAUUUAAAAAAUAAAAUAAAAGGAAAAAGACUCUAAAAAAAGAAAAGAAAAGUCAAGAAUUCUUUCCCCCUUUAGCAGUACCACAGUUUCAUCCCAUCACGGAUCAAUACUGUACAUUCCUUUUUCUUGAAGGCUCUCAGCAGGGACACUGUCCAGAGCUUAAAAUGUAGCAGCAGCCUUUUUUCCCCACUUUUCCAAUUUGUCUCCCUCUCGAUUCAAACGGCAGUGCAGAGAGAUCAGAGGAGAUUAGCAGCAACACGUGCAGGCUGUGGCAGCCUAAUGUUGAUUUUAUCCAUUUGAACAGUCACCGACUGAACAUCCAGCAUGAGUAAAUCGAUCGCUUUUGAUGCCAUGAGAAGAUUAGGACAUGUUCUCUGUGAUACACAAUCAAGAUGUAAAAAUGAAAAUGAAAUAAAUAAAGAAACAUCCGUUUGAAAAUAGAUGGAGCCAUGACUAUAUAGCACCAUGGCCCGCUAUUUGCAAGACUUCGAGAAACUAGUAAAUAUAUUCUUAAAAUGAUUUUUUUAUUUCAUUUUUAUAAUUCGUAAUGACUCAACUGCAGACUGCUUGGCUAGUGUUUCACUAUGUCUUAUUUGUCAGGAUUCAAGAGGUCAUCAGGCAAAACUUUUUUUGUGUUUUUUUUUUUUGUUAAUUUUGCACUAUUUUGGAGGUUUGCAACACUGGAGCGUUAUUAUGCAGAAAACUGACAUGCAUCUUUGCUUUAUUUCACAAAACUGGCUGUAAGUCCAAAAGGCACUUACAGUUAAUCUUGUAUUUCAAGGCCCAUCAUGUCACUGCCUUGACGUGCACUAUACUAUGUUCUCACAGCUUACAUUUCUAUUUAAGUUGAUUAAGUCUUUGGCAUUCAACCACAAAAAAAGGAUAUAACAGCCAUCCCAAGUAAAAACACUAUCAUCAUUUGUCUAGUCUGAUAACUGAAGCGUUCAGAUUCACUCUGAUAAGAUGAUUCUGAUGACUCCAACAAAAUCAAAAAGCAGGGCGACGUUUUCAGCUAAAUGCCUUAAACAUGCUCCUUCCUAACUUUAGCCCCCUCGUCCCCCUCCAACAUGUUUCAGGCCAAGUCAUUUGUUUGAAUCAAGCUGGAAUGAUGGUUUCUUCAUCUGUCAAGUGAAUGUAUUUGCAUUUGCCAAAGACUUAGUUCUCAUUAAUGUUUAUUUACAGGCCGCCUAUAUGCAUCACGAGAGCAGUAUUAUUGUUAUUAUUAUUAUUAGGAAAAAAAACCCGCAUUGUUCAUGAGGAAAAGUAUAUGUAUAAAUUCUAUGCAGUGCAGAGAUGGUCAUCAUAUGCAUAUUCAGCUGUAAACCUAAAGGUAGGUGGAGUUUAUUUAAUGUUAUGUUAUUUACAAAUUGUUCAUUUUGUAGAAGCAUUCUUUGUGUGUGAUGUGAAGACACUUCUCUGUAAAUACAGUAAGAAAAAAUGUCUUUCAUGUUCAUGGGUAUUAUCACUUUCAUUAUGCUGAUAUCACUUGUACAAUAAUAAAAGUGUCUGAAAUCUUUUACGCAAAAG